GCAACAGUGGCAACAAUGACGGGUUAACUAAACAACAGCUGGAUCUGAUACAUCAAAUAAUGGAACAGACCCAGAGACAAUCGCAAGCCGUGGCGGCGGCAGCGGCGGCGGCGAAUAAAUCUGUCGCCUCCAAGUCGUCCGUCAAAUCACCGGGAAGCGGCAAAUCUUCCUCGAAAUCGCAUCAAAGCAAGUCUUCGGCGUGGUUGGCUACGACGAGUCAACAACAGCAGCAGCAACAACAGGCGAAUAGCAAAAAUUCGAACUCUUCAGCUUCAAGUCCGGGCCUGUCGUCGAAAGUUACGACAACCUCGACGCCCGCGUCGCCGGUCAACUCGACCACGGGAAAAACGGAACCGAAACCGGUCGAGUGCAACCUGUGCCACAGAAAGUUCAAAAACAUACCGGCGCUCAAUGGCCACAUGAGACUUCAUGGGGGAUAUUUCAAAAAGGUUCGUGAUCGUGAUUCAGAAAAUAAAAAGAACGAGAAAAAAGAAGUCCCUGCACCACCUCUCCAAACGGCGAGCUUCAGCGUGCGAGCCCUGAUAGAAGAAAAAAUCAUCAACAAACGGAUAACGAACACUCCCCAACCGUCAGAAGAUCAAAAAUCAAACGCUCCGCCACUAUUUCCCAUAAACGUGCAUUCCUCCUCAUCAACGCCCGACGUAGAAUCGAAAAUAUCAUCGUUCGUCGUGCCAGCUCCUCCGACACAGUCCACAGAUAAAUCCCGAAGACAUUCCGACGCUGAAACGUUCCGCAACACCACGCAACAGGAGGCGCAAACGCUAGCCGACCUCAUCUUGAAACGAGAAAAGGCUACUGUAAAAAGAACUACCUCGGAUCCUGGACAAUCAUCGGCUAUCAUUCAGUUCCAGUCUAAUGAAUCGUUCCCAUUGGCUAACCUCACUUACGAAACAGAUGAAGCGGAAUUUAUUUCAUCUAGUUUACAAGAAGGAGUAUUUACGCAAGUUCAGGACAGCAUGCUUCUCCAAGGAGUCGAUCCUUCUCAAUUAGCUUCGAUCCAAUUCCAGACAGAUAAUCUGCCUUACGAUCAAAACGAACAACAAAUUCAAGAAAUUAAAAUCGAAGAUAUAGACCUUGAAGAAACGGUUGUACAACAAUCUCCGUCUUACCAAUCGAAUCAUCCCGUAAACCAUGAAUUACAAGCUGUUUUGGAUUCUCCUUUACCUGAAAGUUUGGCUGAGUUCAGUACGUUUCACUCGAGCAGUAGCAUCGAUAUGCCUUCGCCUAGCUAUCAAACGCAAUCGCCUGCUCAGUACGCUAGAUCUCCGCAUACUAUUACUGCGCAAUCGCCGUUGCAGAGUCCUUUAAUAAGGCACGAUUCACCUGGAUUUGCUUAUCCUACACCGCCGGCUAGCCACGAGGGUCAAAGUCCUGGUUUUGGACAGAACACUAUCCUCCCGAUGGUGUCGCCUAAUGGGCAAGAAUUUGGACAAAUCGUUGAAAGAGGUAUGUAUGAAGAACCACCUCAAGCAUCCUCACCACUAUCCGCUGCAUUCUACACAUCAACCAUGUCGAGUUCGGCAGCAGUAGAGGAAGCUCUAGAAGAGGUGUUACCAGACGAACCAAUUUACCCACUGACAAACUCUCCUUCUCCUCCGUCCCCUCUAGGUUUAACUCCAGUACAAUCUCCGAUAUCUAAUAUCGCAUCAACGUCUGAUAUAUCUCAAACCUCUACCACUUUUACAUCCUCUCCGAAUACUUCAACUUUUUCCAUGUCCGGUAGCUGGUGUAAUGGAGUCAUGCUACCUAAUUCCGAGGAUCCGCUGCUCUCUAGCAGCCCGAAGGACUUCGUGCCGAAGAAGAAAAUAGAAAUAAACGGUGUUCCACUUAGGCUCAUCAGCAACAACGGCCUAAUAGAGUUAAACAGUGCGAAUUUCGCUGGGAUCUUAGUCGAUGCAAAUGGAGAAAUCAAACUGAUCCAAACGGGCGGGAAUAAUUUUCAUUCGAAGAAUAUUUUGUUAACGAAUGCCCCUUUCAUCACUCAAGACAAUGGUAGUGACGAUAGACAUAAUAAAGUGAUAAAAACAGUACAAUGCACAUUUCCAACGAAACAAAUUAUCAACAGACCUAAACAAAUUACCGAGAUUAAGAGAGAAGAGAACAACGAUGUUUUUUUAAGUCCUACUACGAUACCUGCUAGUCCUAUAAAAAUAUCGAGAAAAAGGCCUAGAACGGAACCCCUUCAGUUACCUGUGCUACAUCAAUCAAAACUUAGAGCAACUAGGAGUAAACCACCAGGUUCGGCUAGAUAUACACCUCAGCCCAUACUCAAUCCGCAAAGACCUGGUACUGGGCUCUAUGGAAAUUUAAAAAUAAUAAAAACUGAAGAUGGAGGUUGGAGCAACGAGCCAAUACCAGAAAGUGAUUCUACACCGCAUGUCAACAUAGGAUCGCAAUAUCAAUGUAAAAUUUCGAAUUUUUCUCCUAAUCCCGACAGAAGCAGUCCAGACCCUACACAUGAAGAUCUGCUUUGGGAUCCUGGUAUAAAUAGUUGUACAGAUAGUGAAGUGGAUAUGUAUUUGGAUUUUGCCUGUUGCGCUGCUGUGCCAGGCGGUGGAAGAAAUAAAGAAUAUGCAAUGCAUCUUCUUCAUAUGUGUGGGGGAAACAUUCACGAUGCCAUGCUGCGACUGAUGCAACCCUCACCACACCUUCCGCCGGAUCACCCCCUAUUAGCUUAUCAGUAUUGUGAAAGUGACAAAUGGUCAACGUCAGAAACUGACAUCUUCCAUAAGUCCCUGCUCAAGUACGAUAAAGACUUCCGUAGUAUUGCUCAAGAGAUUCGAACAAAAACCGUAAAGCAAUGUGUGCAAUUUUAUUAUGUAUGGAAAAAAGUUUGCGCUGAUGAGUACCGAAGAUUGAAGCAUCUCCGAGAAAGGAGAAACAGCUAUUAUAAGACCGGUGAAUUUGAUGUGGAUGAAAAGUUAUUUGCUGAUGCUAAACUAUUAGGGUUUGCUGAUAGUGGGUCACCGAUGCAAAUACCAGAUACAAGAAAUUUUGUGUGCGAGUUUCUUGAUUGUUCAGCAAGUUUUAACUCGCGCGCAGCCCUCAACGGUCACAUCCGAAUACACGGGGGUACGGCAAGAAAUUCCCCGACACCUUCGUCGACCACAUCGUUGGAAAGGCGAACAGUGCCUGUCACCUCCUCCAGUGUCUGUCAUCCAGACUCGACCGAAGAGUACCCCUGUAAGAUAUGCGGGAAAGUGUUCACAAAAAUCAAAAGUCGUAGUGCCCAUAUGAAAUCACAUCGACCUCCUGACGCUGAACCAGUCAAAAGAAAAGAGAAAGAACCCCCCUCAUCAACAAGCUACGAACUCUCCGUGCCAAGCCCGUUUAGUAUUUAGUCUUAGAACAAGAAAAAAAUAACAAAUAUAUUAACUCAUUUUUAAAAUAAACAAGAAAUUAAUCAAAAACAGGUAAAGGGCAAUCAAAAAAAUAAAGAGUCAGAUCGAAAUAAUAAAACAACUCACAAUUUUCAAAAAAAAUGCGAAGGUAGACUAUUACAGUGACAGCUGAUGUAAGCAUUUUUAUAUGUUAAACUUAUUUAGAAACUAAACAAUCCUUUCUAAGAUUUUAUAAAAAAAAAUUGUAGCACUGCUAAUUUAGCACUCUUUCAUUAUAUUGUGAAUUCAAAAGGUUAAAUAUUUAUUAUGUGAACGAAAGUUCAAAAUUUAUAAUAAAUUUUGUAAGUACAUCUAACUCUGGUUUGUAAAUAAACGAAAACGCUGUAUUUUCUACAGUCAUUUAAUAAUAAACACAAAACAAGGCUUGACCAAACAGAAUUAUUUCGGCUAUUGGUGAGUUUGUAAUAUAUACAUUAUUUUUAUACAGUUUACUUUAUUACAUUAAGAAUUACUACAUGAAAGUUUUAAAAUUAUACCUAUUCGACAAAGGAUGAAUGAGCUAGCUAAUAAAAUUACAAAGAGACCACAAACAGAACUGUUGAUGGUUAUCCAUAGACACCCCAAUAUUGCUACAAAAAUGAAGCACCCUGAAAAACCACAGCUGGCAUUGCCGGAGUCUGAACUGGUCUCCGUCGCCUCAUAAGCAAUAUACGCCAUAAUGUGAGACAAAAUAAUAAAAUUGAAAAACAAUAAUUACAAUAAAAAACUUAUUUAAAGUUUCAAUUUAAAUAUUAUCUAAGGACUUUCAUUAACAAAUUAUCUGAAAAUUUUCAAAAUCUCACUGGAUUUACAUUGUUAAAUUUAAACUUCUAUCGAACUUCUUAUUAUAAAUACACUUUAAACUCUUUAUACCGGGUGUUCAAUUAUAAUAUGAACCUUUUUAAAGGCCUGUAACUUUUAAAACUACUUUCACUAGUCUUCUUUUAAAGUAAAUGAUAAAAAAGAGUGAAAGAGUUGUUUUCUAGAUUCUUCUGUCCUCUCCAGUUGUUCCAUCAUUAAGUAUUUCUUGGUUUAUUUUCAAUUUCACAAUAAACUAAUGUUACUAUUUAAUUUAACAUCUUUAGUUUGUAUUUAUAUAUCCUGCUUAAGGCCAGCUAUUGCAAUUUUAUUUGUUGACAGUCUGUAUGGUUGUAUCUUAUUUUCUUGCCUAAUGUCGUUACAAUCACAAUCUUUUGAAAAUAAAACGCGUAAAUAAACAAAAAAGACUAGUUUGUUUUUAAUUAAACAAAAUAAAACGUUG